AGCGAUCAUGGGUUCUUCUUCUAGAAAUCUUUAUGCAGGGAUUGGAGAAGGUCAAUCAACUACACGGCCACCUCUUUUUGAUGGAACCAAUUAUACAUAUUGGAAAGAACAAAUGAGAAUCUAUAUUCAUUCCACGAACUUCCAAUUAUGGUUGGUUAUCAAAAACGGGGAAGAGGUGCCGAUGAAGAAAGUCGGAGACAAGUUGAUCCCCAAGACCGAAGACGAGUUUGAUGCCGAGGACAUCAAAAAGGUCGAGAAUUACGCAAAGGCAAUAAACAUGCUUUAUUGUGCCGUAAAUCCUGACGACUACCGCAAGAUCUCCUGCUGCUCAACCGCCAAGGAGAUGUGGGAUAAACUUGAGGUGACGUACGAAGGAACGGACCAAGUACGUGAAGCCAAGAUUGACUUCCUCACCCAAGAAUAUGAGAUGUUCAGGAUGAAGGACCACGAGAAGAUUGACGACAUGUUCGACCGAUUUUCCAAGAUAGUCAACGAUCUUCAUGCAUUGAAGAGGACUUACACCGACAGGGAUCUUGUACGAAAGAUCCUACGGAGCUUGACAUCCGAAUGGCGAUCUAAGGCCGAUGCCAUCUAUGAGUCAAUCGGCACAUCAAAUGUCACCAUUGACGGUUUAAGAGGUAACUUAAAAACUUAUGAAUCUACACUUAACCCGUCUUUGAAUGACCAAAGGAAAGGCAUAGCAUUAAAAGCCUUCAAAGAACCAACGAUGAAUGACUCAAGCGACGAUGAAGUCAAGCAUGUCAUGAAGAGGUUUUGCAAACUUCUAAGAAAAAAAGAAAAGGUUGAGGAUGGCCCUGUGUGCUAUGGAUGUGGUGAAGCCGGGCACAUCAAGAACAAAUGCCCGAGAAACGGAAGGAACACUCGACACUUCAAAAGGCAAAGGGCGUAUAUCUCUUGGGGUGGAGACUCCGGCGACGAGUCAACCGACCAAGAUGAGGAUGAAGUUGCCAACCUCUGUCUCAUGGCACACG